AUGUCCUCCUCGCACCACCCCCACCAGCCGUACACCCCGCUCCAGCAAGACCGACAAGCCCGCAACCGGCCCGCACACAUCCACAGCGCAGCCGCCCCUCACCGCGGCAGAGCCAGCGGUGGCGCAAGCAACAUGAGGCAGCAGCACCAGCAGCGCGCCGCGCUGGCGCGUGACGAGACCUUCGAGGAGCGCGAGCGGCGGUACAAUGCGGCGCGGAUACUGGAGAGUAACGAGAUGCUGAUCUGGCACUCCGUCGCGCGGAAUGAGUCUCUGCCGCAGACGCGUCUCCACUUCGAGAAGAUCGUCGCCGGCUUCGACAGCGACGACUCGGAUCCCGAAUGGGACGACGCGACGCCGCCUCCGCCGCCACGACAGCAGCAGCCGUCCGCCUCGCGGUCAACGAGCGGCAGCAAUAAGAGGGAUAGGGAGAGCAACAGCCCUGCGUCGCGAAAGAGUAGGUCGGGCACGCCGGCAUGA